CUGACAGAAUAUCACUUGCAGAGUUGACGGUUGACAUUUAUUAUCACUAUCCACUUGUGAAUUGUUUUUCUUCGUUUAUUUAGGAACAGCUCGCGGCUCGCGGCGCACCUCUAUCGGCACUGUGCAGUAACCAACAUUAAUCGUGUGCGACGUACAUACGUACUGAAAAUUUACAGUUUAUAGUAUAGGAUUGAAAGCGUUCUUAAGUUAUGAGUGAAUUAAGACACGGCAAAUUGCCUCCUGUGGCAGUUCUAGACGGUGGUUUAUCAUCGCAACUGUCGGUUCACGGGACGACUGCUGACGGCGACCCAUUCUGGAGCGCCCUCUUCCUCCAAACACCCCCCGACGCGGUCCUCAACACUCAUCUGGACUUUAUGCGUGCCGGCUCCGACAUUGUUGAGACCAUCACGUACCAGGCAUCUGGGGGAUUCGUGAAACACCUUGGUCUAACACCCGAAAGGGGAUUUGAACUCAUCAAGACUGCUGUGGGUCUUGCCAAGAAAGCAAGGGACAAGUACCUUGAAGAGUGUAUUGAAAAUGGCUCUAAAAUUCGUACACCCCUCAUCGCCGGAUCUGUCGGACCAUUCGGAGCUCACUUAAAUGAUGGUUCGGAAUACAGUGGCAACUAUGCUGACAAAACACCAGAGGAAAUCAUGAGAGAAUGGCAUACUCCAAGAAUAAAGGCACUUGUAGAAGCAGGUGUUGAUAUCAUUGCAUUGGAAACAAUUCCAUGUGAAAAAGAAGCACAAGUAUUGGUGGAAAUGCUAAAACAAUACCCUGACAUGAAAGCCUGGUUGUCUUUCAGCUGUAAAGAUGGGACCUCUCUGGCUAAUGGAGAAAACUUUCAACAGGUGGCUAAACAAUGCUGGGACUCAAACCCAAAGCAACUAUUGGGUAUAGGGGUGAACUGUUGCUCACCAUUAAUAGUGGCAGAACUAUUUAAUGGCAUAAAUGAUGACAGGAAAGAAUCUCCAAUACCAUUGAUCACAUAUCCAAAC